AUGAACGUGAAACCCUUUGCCAUUGAUUCUUUGUCGGAUUCUUUGUCAGAUUCUUUGUCAGAUUCUUUGUCAGAUUCUUUGUCAGAUUCUUUGUCAGAUUCUUUGUCAGAUUCUUUGUCAGAUUCUUUGUCAGAUUCUUUGUCAGAUUCUUUGUCAGAUUCUUUGUCAGAUUCUUUGUCAGAUUCUUUGUCAGAUUCUUUGUCAGAUUCUUUGUCAGAUUCUUUGUCAGAUUCUUUGUCAGAUUCUUUGUCAGAUUCUUUGUCAGAUUCUUUGUCAGAUUCUUUGUCAGAUUCUUUGUCAGAUUCUUUGUCAGAUUCUUUGUCAGAUUCUUUGUCAGAUUCUUUGUCAGAUUCUUUGUCAGAUUCUUUGUCAGAUUCUUUGUCAGAUUCUUUGUCAGAUUCUUUGUCAGAUUCUUUGUCAGAUUCUUUGUCAGAUUCUUUGUCAGAUUCUUUGUCAGAUUCUUUGUCAGAUUCUUUGUCAGAUUCUUUGUCAGAUUCUUUGUCAGAUUCUUUGUCAGAUUCUUUGUCAGAUUCUUUGUCAGAUUCUUUGUCAGAUUCUUUGUCAGAUUCUUUGUCAGAUUCUUUGUCAGAUUAUUUGUCAGAUUCUUUGUCAGAUUCUUUGUCAGAUUCUUUGUCAGAUUCUUUGUCAGAUUCUUUGUCAGAUUCUUUGUCAGAUUCUUUAUCAGAUUCUUUGUCAGAUUCUUUGUCAGAUUCUUUGUCAGAUUCUUUGUCAGAUUCUUUGUCAGAUUCUUUGUCAGAUUCUUUGUCAGAUUCUUUGUCAGAUUCUUUGUCAGAUUCUUUGUCAGAUUCUUUGUCAGAUUAUUUGUCAGAUUCUUUGUCAGAUUCUUUGUCAGAUUCUUUGUCAGAUUCUUUGUCAGAUUCUUUGUCAGAUUCUUUGUCAGAUUCUUUGUCAGAUUCUUUGUCAGAUUCUUUGUCAGAUUCUUUGUCAGAUUCUUUGUCAGAUUCUUUGUCAGAUUCUUUGUUAGAUUCUUUGUCAGAUUCUUUGUCAGAUUCUUUGUCAGAUUCUUUGUCAGAUUCUUUGUCAGAUUCUUUGUCAGAUUCUUUGUCAGAUUCUUUGUCAGAUUCUUUGUCAGAUUCUUUGUCAGAUUCUUUGUCAGAUUCUUUGUCAGAUUCUUUGUCAGAUUCUUUGUCAGAUUCUUUGUCAGAUUCUUUGUCAGAUUCUUUGUCAGAUUCUUUGUCAGAUUCUUUGUCAGAUUCUUUGUCAGAUUCUUUGUCAGAUUCUUUGUCAGAUUCUUUGUCAGAUUCUUUGUCAGAUUCUUUGUCAGAUUCUUUGUCAGAUUCUUUGUCAGAUUCUUUGUCAGAUUCUUUGUCAGAUUCUUUGUCAGAUUCUUUGUCAGAUUCUUUGUCAGAUUCUUUGUCAGAUUCUUUGUCAGAUUCUUUGUCAGAUUCUUUGUCAGAUUCUUUGUCAGAUUCUUUGUCAGAUUCUUUGUCAGAUUCUUUGUCAGAUUCUUUGUCAGAUUCUUUGUCAGAUUCUUUGUCAGAUUCUUUGUCAGAUUCUUUGUCAGAUUUUUAUUCUUUGUCAGAUUCUUUGUCAGAUUCUUUGUCAGAUUCUUUGUCAGAUUCUUUGUCAGAUUCUUUGUCAGAUUCUUUGUCAGAUUCUUUGUCAGAUUCUUUGUCAGAUUCUUUGUCAGAUUCUUUGUCAGAUUCUUUGUCAGAUUCUUUGUCAGAUUCUUUGUCAGAUUCUUUGUCAGAUUCUUUGUCAGAUUCUUUGUCAGAUUCUUUGUCAGAUUCUUUGUCAGAUUCUUUGUCAGAUUCUUUGUCAGAUUCUUUGUCAGAUUCUUUGUCAGAUUCUUUGUCAGAUUCUUUGUCAGAUUCUUUGUCAGAUUCUUUGAAACGUUCCGAUCCGGAAUUUGAAAUCUCUAGACUUUACUUGGAAAGGAAAAAAGAAGGAGAAUUAUUCGAUGCGGGGCUUACCUUUUUUUUUUAUUUUCUGCCUACUCAACCGGUCGGCCGUGGGCCCCAGUACCAGUGGGGCAGGGACAUAAACGAUAUAAACGAUAUAAACGAUAUAAACGAUAUAAACGAUAUAAACGAUAUAAACGAUAUAAACGAUAUAAACGAUAUAAACGAUAUAAACGAUAUAAACGAUAUAAACGAUAUAAACGAUAUAAACGAUAUAAACGAUAUAAACGAUAUAAACGAUAUAAACGAUAUAAACGAUAUAAACGAUAUAAACGAUAUAAACGAUAUAAACGAUAUAAACGAUAUAAACGAUAUAAACGAUAUAAACGAUAUAAACGAUAUAAACGAUAUAAACGAUAUAAACGAUAUAAACGAUAUAAACGAUAUAAACGAUAUAAACGAUAUAAACGAUAUAAACGAUAUAAACGAUAUAAACGAUAUAAACGAUAUAAACGAUAUAAACGAUAUAAACGAUAUAAACGAUAUAAACGAUAUAAACGAUAUAAACGAUAUAAACGAUAUAAACGAUAUAAACGAUAUAAACGAUAUAAACGAUAUAAACGAUAUAAACGAUAUAAACGAUAUAAACGAUAUAAACGAUAUAAACGAUAUAAACGAUAUAAACGAUAUAAACGAUAUAAACGAUAUAAACGAUAUAAACGAUAUAAACGAUAUAAACGAUAUAAACGAUAUAAACGAUAUAAACGAUAUAAACGAUAUAAACGAUAUAAACGAUAUAAACGAUAUAAACCAUAUAAACGAUAUAAACGAUAUAAACUAUAUAAACGAUAUAAACGAUAUAAACGAUAUAAACGAUAUAAACGAUAUAAACGAUAUAAACGAUAUAAACGAUAUAAACGAUAUAAACGAUAUAAACGAUAUAAACGAUAUAAACGAUAUAAACGAUAUAAACGAUAUAAACGAUAUAAACGAUAUAAACGAUAUAAACGAUAUAAACGAUAUAAACGAUAUAAACGAUAUAAACGAUAUAAACGAUAUAAACGAUAUAAACGAUAUAAACGAUAUAAACGAUAUAAACGAUAUAAACGAUAUAAACGAUAUAAACGAUAUAAACGAUAUAAACGAUAUAAACGAUAUAAACGAUAUAAACGAUAUAAACGAUAUAAACGAUAUAAACGAUAUAAACGAUAUAAACGAUAUAAACGAUAUAAACGAUGUAAACGAUAUAAACGAUAUAAACGAUAUAAACGAUAUAAACGAUAUAAACGAUAUAAACGAUAUAAACGAUAUAAACGAUAUAAACGAUAUAAACGAUAUAAACGAUAUAAACGAUAUAAACGAUAUAAACGAUAUAAACGAUAUAAACGAUAUAAACGAUAUAAACGAUAUAAACGAUAUAAACGAUAUAAACGAUAUAAACGAUAUAAACGAUAUAAACGAUAUAAACGAUAUAAACGAUAUAAACGAUAUAAACGAUAUAAACGAUAUAAACGAUAUAAACGAUAUAAACGAUAUAAACGAUAUAAACGAUAUAAACGAUAUAAACGAUAUAAACGAUAUAAACGAUAUAAACGCUAUAAACGAUAUAAACGAUAUAAACGAUAUAAACGAUAUAAACGAUAUAAACGAUAUAAACGAUAUAAACGAUAUAAACGAUAUAAACGAUAUAAACGAUAUAAACGAUAUAAACGAUAUAAACGAUAUAAACGAUAUAAACGAUAUAAACGAUAUAAACGAUAUAAACGAUAUAAACGAUAUAAACGAUAUAAACGAUAUAAACGAUAUAAACGAUAUAAACGAUAUAAACGAUAUAAACGAUAUAAACGAUAUAAACGAUAUAAACGAUAUAAACGAUAUAAACGAUAUAAACGAUAUAAACGAUAUAAACGAUAUAAACGAUAUAAAUGAUAUAAAUGAUAUAAACAAUAUGAACGAUAUAAACAAAAUAUUUCAAGAAGUUAAAGAUAAAAAUGUGUGUUUGUUAUGUAAUACUUCGGUCUUCGUUGCUAAAAAAGGAAAUAUUGAGAGACAUCAUAAAACUGUACAUUCUAAUUUUGAAAAAUCAUUCCCACUACAUUCCGCCGCCAGAAAGGAAAAACUGAAACAGUUAAAAAAGCAGUUAAUUGGACAACAAUCAAUAUUUUUAAGAACAGUCGACAAAAAUAAGGCUGUAACUGAAGCAUCGUACCGUGUGUCCCAGAUAAUUGCACAAAAAAAGAAACCUUAUGAAGACGGGGAAAUGAUAAAACAGGCGUUUUUAGAAGCUGCUGAUUCGUUAUUUGCCAACUUUAGAAAUAAAGACGAGAUAGUUUCAGCUAUAAAAUCUAUGCAACUUUCUGCUAAUACAGUGAUGAGACGUGUAGAAGUAAUAAGCAAAGAUAUUUUUUAA